UUUCGCUAGAUUGCUCCAGUGCUGAAACAGCAGAGAAUAUCUUUGUUUCCUGUUUUUCCAUGGCAGUGUGGCGUCUCUGAGGUUGUACACGUUGCGAUGUUGGGUGCUAUGGGAGCCGCUGUGAGCUGCACAGGGAAAGAGAGACAACCUGACCUGAGCCACGCUGAGGGGAGGACGGAGAACGAAAGGGGAUAUCCAGGACCAAGCACCAUGGAAGAGUUCAAAGUCCAGAGCGCUAAGCACCCCACACCAAACAGCACACCCCUACGCGCUCCUAGCGAGCACUCCAGAGAGCGAGCAAAGCGUCUCUCCACAGAGUCGAACGGGACAAGCGAAGGAGCAGCCGGUGCCAAAACGCCUGUCGAGCUCACACCACUGGAAGAGGCUUUCAAACGCUUCGCCAUCCACGGAGACACCCGUGCCACUGGCAAGGAGAUGCACGGCAAGAAUUGGUCCAAACUGUGCAAGGACUGCGGCGUCAUAGACAGCAAAACCAUCACCCUCACAGAUGUGGACAUUGUCUUCUCAAAAGUCAAGAACAAGUCUGCUCGCACCAUCACGUACAACCAGUUCAGGGAGGCUCUUUCUGAGUUGGCCAGGAAGCGCUUCAAAGAUAAAAGCAGUGAGGAAGCAGCGGAGGAGGUCUUCAAGAUGAUCGAGGGGAAGUCGCCAGUUAUAGCUGGAGUCACGAGAGCCGUGGCAUCCCCAACUGUAUCCCGUCUGACCGACACCACCAAGUUCACAGGUUCUCAUAAGGAGCGUUUUGACGAGGCAGGCCGCGGGAAAGGCAAAGCAGGCCGCGUUGAUAUGGUCGACACUUCCGGCUACGUCUCUGGCUACAAGCAUGCAGGUUCAUACGAGAAGAAAGUCCAGGCCAAACCGCAACAAAAACCCAUGUGAGAUUUCCCCCUGUUCCAUCAACAGACAAGGUGGUGGUGGUGGGGAACAAAAGCACAACAGGAUCAUGUUUGCUAUUUCCGUUUGUUUAUAUGCAUCAUCAUUUUUUUUCUGUGAAAGAGCUUUCCGUUUCCUGCGCUGUUGGAGAACUGGAACAAUGUUUACAUCGACACACAAGAGACGCAGUCGGCUGGUACAUUCCUCAUUUAAGAAUGAAGAUUAUCAUUAUACUCUGAAAUCGCAGAAGGGCAGAACAGAGAGGAGAACACACAAAUACGAAGGAAAAUGCAAAAGAACACUAAAAACAUUUGAAAUGUUCCAAAAAAAGCACACAUGAGGUCUAGUCAAAAAUUUCUAAGCCUUAUCUGUUACAGAUAGCCGUACAGAGGCAGAGAACUGCUCUGUGUGGAAGUAUUCAAAGUUCUUCCAGGAACAAGCCAUUGGUCAGAAACAAGGAGCAGCAUAUAUAUAAGUGCAGCAAAAUAUAGUUGAACUAAACCACAGUUUAAGGUUGUCAUCAUGGUUACAUCCCAGCCUGAUAUCUGGAACCGUUUUCAAACCGAUAUAUAUUACAACCCCUGGCAAAAAAUAUGGAAUCACUACUCUUGCAGGCUGUUCAUUCAGCUGUUUUAGUUUGUAGCCUAAAAAUAGGACACGAAAUUAUUUUAUUUAACAGCUGAACAUUCUGGGGCAGCACGGUGGUGUAGUGGUUAGCGCUGUCGCCUCACAGCAAGAAGGUCCGGGUUCGAGCCCCGGGGCCGGCGAGGGCCUUUCUGUGUGGAGUUUGCAUGUUCUCCCCGUGGGUUUCCUCCGGGUGCUCCGGUUUCCCCCACAGUCCAAAGACAUGCAGGUUAGGUUAACUGGUGACUCUAAAUUGAGCGUAGGUGUGAAUGUGAGUGUGAAUGGUUGUCUGUGUCUAUGUGUCAGCCCUGUGAUGACCUGGUGACUUGUCCAGGGUGUACCCCGCCUUUCGCCCGUAGUCAGCUGGGAUAGGCUCCAGCUUGCCUGCGACCCUUCUUUAAGGAGUUUUAUAAUAAUCCUUUCAACUGACAGCUCUCUUGUUGGGGCCGUGUUUCUUGUCAAUCAGCCAGGCAUAACGGCUCGUUAAGAUCUACAGGCGCUAGGGGCGUCGUGGCUCAGGUGGAUAAGGCGCCAUACCAUAAAUCCGGGGACCCGGGUUCGAUUCCGACCCGAGGUCAUUUCCCGAUCCCUCCCCAUCUCUCUCCCACUCAUUUCCUGUCUCUACACUGUCCUAUCCAAUAAAGGUGAAAAAAGCCCAAAAAAAUAUCUUUUUUUUUUUUUUUAAAGAUCUACAGGCGCUCUCAACUGUAGACUCAUUUGCAUAUUUCGGCUUGUGUGGGUAUUUGUUUUAGAAACGCAAGUUAUAGGAUGAUUCCAGAAUCCUCUACUUGAUCUUGAAAAAAAAAAGUACCAUGAAUUACAACAAUUUCAUUGAAUUUUUCCAGGUAUAUUUUACAAAGCCGGAAUGUUCAGCUGAAUGAAUAUCCUCCAAAGGUAGUGAUUCCAUUUUUUUUUUUUUUUUUUUUGCCGGGGGUUGUAUAAUGCUACUCUCUCAAGGACUUGAAGUGUCCAUCAGAAACAUUCCACGUGCCAUGUUACUGGUUUUAAUGAGAUCAGCGCACGGAUACUCACAUCAGAGCAAUAUUUUAUUCACAGUGAGGAUAAACAGGGAAAACAUCCACAUUUCCACUCACAUCAAAAGCUGUACGUACGAUUCAGUGCAAAAAACACCAAACUAAGGGUAGCUGAUUGAAAGCAUCAGCUCUGCACGUAAAAUUCUAUAGCUUCUCAUAAACAUGAUGAUAAAAUCAGGAACGCAUAUCAGGAUCUCAAAACUCCUUGUGUACGGCAGCCUUAAAAUAAAAAAAAUUAAAUAAAAAAAAGUAUUCUCCAUGUCGUCUUAGGACUUUUUGAUCAGACCUCAUAUUCUACAUCAUUAUUUGUGAUGUCUUUGCUAUCUGGUAUAAAAUAUAUUUAAAAAAAAAAUCCUCUUCCAAUUUAGCUUUUUAGUUCUUUCACAAUGUUUAAUACUGCCAUAAAAAAAAUAGACACACACACACACACACGUGUUUUAUAGUGCAUCUUGGCUAGUGAUCAGAUUAUACUUGUACAGGUUUGUUUUACUUUUUUUUUUUAAAUAAAUAUAAGCCUAGUGUGCCACAUUCAGAAUUGAUGAGCUGAUGUCUACUGAUAUUAGAUUGUGAAUUUGUGCAUAAGUCCUUAUAGUCGCCAAAUCUGACAGCUCGUAUGCUCUGCUCGGUUGUUGCAUCACCAUUGGGGAUCUAAUAUUUUGCGUUAUAUAGGGUCGAACAUAUUAAGUCUUUAUAAUUGUUUUUAUGCUAACGCUUGAUGGCAUAAUAAUGAUACACUGGCUGAUACACCAGUUUCUUCUCUGUUAACACCAUCACUUUAAAAAAAAAAAAAAAGCACUGAGAUUAGACAGCAGGAAGUCAAGAGUCGAGCAUUGUGAUUGGUUUAUGAUAACACUGGCUUGGCACAAUUUACUAUCUAUGCUACUAUGCACAACCAUCACUUACUGAUCAGAUCAGAUCAGAUGUGUUGAGAUUACAUUUUUUAUAUCAAAUCACUGAGCUUUCAUCACUGUUAAGUUAAAUUUUAUCAGCCAGUCACAAAUUUGCGCCAUAACCGUAAACCUUGCUACUGUUUGCUAGCCAAUUACUGUAGAACGUGGCAUUCUUAGAAAGAUGCAUAUCGUGUCCGAGCGUUAGGGAUGACGUCAUGUUUCUGAUUAUCUGAUGAAAUUUAUAUUAAGCGCCUCCCUCUUUUACAUAGACACACCUAUCACAGGUCUCUUGUUCUGCCUUCCAAAGAGGACAGACUUUAUCCUGGGACUUCAAACGCAACCCAAAACAUGGUGCCUACUCAAGUAGCCUCCUCUUGACUGGAAGUUAACAACAUUGGGAUGAACGAUAAUCAGUAAGACGAUACGGUAUAUCGUGUUAUCAAAUCUCAUUCCAAAGCCUAAAUAAGAGAUCGACUUCCAUGAUCAAGAAUUAAACCAACCGUUCAGAUAAUGUUUCUAAACACUGGUUGAUCCUCGCAAUAAUAAUAAUUUCCAAAUUAAAUCCCUUAACUUUUUUUUUUAAUGGUUGAGUUGAGAGGCAAUUUAUAUAAUCAAUCAAUCAACGGCACCUUUUAGUACGUGCAAUUUGUCCAGUCUAAUGAGCCAAGUUUACAACGGGUGCAUUUUAGCCAAAUAACAUAACAUGAAAUAACCUUAAAUGGUCCCAAGGUCAUAUAAUUCCCUUUUAAAAAUGUUCUAUCCUUACAUACUCAAACUCGAUACAGAAACCAGAAAUUGUUAUUCAAAAAAAAAAAAAAAAGCGUGUAUAUCUUGAAGUAUGUGACAGGGUAAAUCUCUAUUAUUUAUAAUAAAUAUACUAGCAGCUUUAAAAUGCAUAUAAUUAAACAUUUGCGCUGCCGAUAUAAAUACUAACAUGGUAUUUAAUGUCAUCCUCUUUGAAAAUAUUGGGUUACAUGGUUAACUACGGAAGCCGCGAGAGGCCCUUCAUAUAAUCUUUUUUUUUAUUCACCUUGUUAUCCCGAGAUAACGACAUAAUUAAUUCAGGAUCUCGAGAAAACAAAAUUAUUUCAUGAUCUCAGCUAGAUCACUGUAUCUCCGUCGGUAGAGACGAAGCCGGGCCAGUCUUCUGCGGAGGUGCCGCGGACUAAUUUUGAAAUUAUCCCUUAUUAGGUGAUCGAUUAUUCCAGACAUCCUAAUGACCAAAGUUGCGUCUAUACAGAAUGAGAAAUAGCCCCAAAGUCAGCAUAUCACAAGUCUCUUGGCGCACCUGAAUGAACCAUUUCUCAGCUGUUUACUCGAGAUCAUGAAAUAAUUGUUUUGUUUUCUCGAGAUCUCGAAUUAGUUGUGUUGUUUACUCGAGAUCCUGAAUUAACCUCCUAAGGCCCAAGCUGUUUUUUUACAUGCAUUUUUUUUAUUUCUCUUUGCUAUUUGGGCUUAUUAGAACCUGAUUAGAAUAAAAACUAAGCAUCAUCUUUGAUAAGAUGUACUUUUAGAGAAAAAGUAUGUCCACAUAUGUGGAUUCUUGUUCCGAAUUUCUAAAAAGUGCUGUCCACGCAUGUGACCGCUAAGCCCUAGGAGGUUAAUUAUGUCGUUAUCUCGGGAUAACAAGGUGAAUAAAAAAAAAGGAUUAUAUGAAGGGCCUCUCUCAGCUUUCGUAGUUAACAGACCGUUUCAACUGAGCAACACGAGGAAAAAUAAGGAAGGAAGGAAGAGGACAGCAUGUAUAGACAUAUUCUUCUACAGAACAUCUAUUUUUCCAGUAUAGUGUCACACUGUUCCUGUUGGUUCCUGCUUGGAAAGUGACUCAUAUUUAUAUCAAAAGAGCAAGUUUGAAAUAGUGUCAUUGUAUUUUAAUAAAUGGUCACUGUUUUGUGUGCUUUGACGCCAAAUACUGUAAACCCUCCGUUUUCGAAGGAAUGAAAAACGUUGUCUUAUUUUUCAUAUAACUAUUUUUCUAUGUGUUACAGUGCCCUGCUGCAUGUUGUGUGUUUAAAGUAACGUUCAACAGACCUUUAACUUGUCCGUGUGUUGUAGCAUUGUUCUGAAUAUAUAUAUAUUUAAAAAGA